AUGGGCCGCCUGAAUGAGCAGCGCCUCUUCCAGCCUGACCUCUGCGACGUGGACCUGGUGCUGGUGCCCCAGCGCAGCGUCUUCCCGGCACACAAGGGCGUGCUGGCUGCCUACAGCCAGUUCUUCCACUCCCUCUUCACCCAGAACAAGCAGCUGCAGCGCGUGGAGCUGUCCCUGGAGGCGCUGGCGCCCGGCGGCCUGCAGCAGAUCCUCAACUUCAUCUAUACAUCCAAGCUGCUGGUCAACGCGGCCAACGUCCACGAGGUGCUCAGCGCCGCCUCAUUGCUGCAGAUGGCUGACAUCGCCGCGUCCUGCCAGGAGCUGCUGGAUGCCCGCUCCCUAGGCCCCCCGGGCCCCAGCGCUGUGGCCCUGGCCCAGCCGGCCACUGGCUGCGCCCCGGCCGCACCACCCUACUACUGUGACAUCAAGCAGGAGGCAGACGCCCCAGGUCUGCCCAAGAUCUAUGCCCGCGAGGGCCCUGACCCCUACUCUGUGCGUGUCGAGGACGGGGCAGGGGCCGCAGGUGGCACGGUGCCUGCUGCCAUUGGGCCAGCCCAGCCCUUCUUCAAGGAGGAGAAGGAGGGUGGUGUCGAAGAGGCCGGUGGGCCCCCUGGCAGCCUGUGCAAGCUGGAGGGCGGGGAGGGGCUGGAGGAAGAGCUAGGGGGUUCUGGCACCUAUAGCCGCCGGGAGCAGUCCCAGAUCAUCGUGGAGGUGAACCUCAACAACCAGACUCUGCACGUGUCCACGGGGCCCGAGGGGAAGCCGGGCACCACCCCGGGCCCGGCCACCAUGGUGCUGGGGCGGGAAGACGGGCUGCAGAGACACUCGGAGGAGGAGGAGGAGGAAGAGGAGGAGGAGGAGGAGGAGGAGGAAGAAGAGGAAGAGGAGGGUGGUGGCAGUGGAGGGGAGGAGGAGGAGGAGGAGGAAGAGGAAGAGGAGGGUGGCAGUCAGGGAGAGGAGGAAGAUGAGGAGGAAGGGCACAGCGAGCAGGAGGAGGAAGAGGAGGAAGAAGAGGAAGGGCACAGUGAACAGGAUCAAGAGAGCUCAGAGGAGGAGGAGGAGGAGGGGGAGGCAGGGGGCAGGCAGGGGCCGGCGGGGCGUCGGGGCAGCAGGGCAGAGCCCCCUCCCCACGGUCGCAUGGCCACUCGGUCCCGAGAGAACGCCCGGCGCCGGGGCCCCCCUGAGCCUGAGGAGACCAGGCCACGGGGUGGGAAGAGGCCCAAGCCCGCGCCGGGAGCCUCUGCGCCGGCCCGAGGGCCACAGGCCACUGACGGGCUGGGGGCCAAGGUGAAGCUGGAAGAGAAGCAGCACCACCCAUGCCAGAAGUGCCCUCGCGUCUUCAACAACCGCUGGUACCUGGAGAAGCACAUGAACGUGACCCACAGCCGCAUGCAGAUCUGCGACCAGUGCGGCAAGCGCUUCCUGCUGGAGAGCGAGCUGCUGCUGCACCGGCAGACAGACUGCGAGCGCAACAUCCAGUGUGUGACCUGUGGUAAAGCUUUUAAGAAGCUCUGGUCCCUCCACGAGCACAACAAGAUCGUGCAUGGCUAUGCGGAGAAGAAGUUCUCCUGUGAGAUCUGCGAGAAGAAGUUCUACACCAUGGCCCACGUGCGCAAGCACAUGGUUGCCCACACCAAGGACAUGCCCUUCACCUGUGAGACCUGCGGGAAGUCCUUCAAACGAAGCAUGUCUCUCAAAGUGCACUCACUGCAGCACUCUGGGGAGAAACCCUUCAGAUGCGAGAACUGCAAUGAGCGCUUCCAGUACAAGUACCAGCUCGCGGUCUGCCUUAUCCACAUACCUAAGCAGUUCAUGUGCCAGUGGUGUGGCAAGGACUUCAACAUGAAGCAGUACUUCGACGAGCACAUGAAGACCCAUACAGGUAUGAAGCCAUACAUCUGCGAGAUCUGCGGCAAGAGCUUCACCAGCCGACCCAACAUGAAGCGGCACCGGCGCACGCACACCGGCGAGAAGCCUUACCCCUCUCACCGUGUCUCUUGCGGACAAGCGCUUCCUUCUCCCACUGCUUUCAAAGGCCCACAAGGAGCUCCCCCUGGGCUCCCUGGUCUUGGGCCAGCUGGAGGUGAGCAGAGAGAUGAGGUGGGCCUCAAGCCCCCUGACCACAGGCUGGAGUUAGAGCCUCAGCCUCUGAACUUGGCAGGUGCUGCCACCGCACUCCUCAUUGGGGGCCCAGAGGGCGGGCUGGGCUUUACGAACACCCAGAGUCAGGAGCUGAGGCAAGAGCAGAGAUGUGCCCCCAAACUGGUGUUUGGUCUUGAGCUGGAUGCAGAAGGGGAUGGAGAGAGGAGAGGUCUCGGGGUAACUGAUGCCGAGGCUCCCAAAGGAGUGCCCACAGGAGGCCAGGCCCCCUACGUUUUGCUCUUUGGGACCAAACUGCUCAUUAACACAUCGCGUCCUGGAGUGCAGGAGUAUUUAUACCCUAGUUGCAAGGGAGGCUGGGAAGCCAUCCUGAGAGAAACCACGGCCCACGCAUACACACUGGGCACAGGUCUGGAGUGGACACUGAAUCCUACAGGAAAGCCCCAGCCUGGCAAGGCAAAUCUCUGUGCUGGCUCCAUAAUUGAUUCUUCCCUAGACAAUGUCACCACUCCACAGCAUCAGCUGCUCCUGGGCACUGGGUGA